GGUUUCGGCGAAAUAAAGAAAUCGUUGGAUGAGAGAAAACAGAGGGUUCUGAGAUCAUCAGCUCAGCUCACGUGAAAGUCUCUCUGUCCUCUGUGCUUGUGCGUCCUCCGCCCCCGUAAUAAUCCGUGAGUUCAUGCCAUCCAUUAAAGAAAAAGGUUGGGAGAAACGAUGCUGCACACAACCCCCCCACUCUCUCUGUUUCUCUCUCUCCUAAUUUGAAUGGAAUGUGCCAGAAGAGAGAGCUCACAGUCCGAUUCCCACCAUUGGAGCUCCCUCUCUCGCCCCUUGAAUGCUAUCUCUGCAACUGCAACUUCUAGGGUUUCAUAUUUGUUUUCUUCCCCAUUUCCCCCAUCCGCGGCUGAGAGUGAGUGGUCGGCGUAAGAGCAGCCGAAGCAGAGCAGCUGGUGCUACAGUUUUGAGUAGAUGCGCUUUCUUUAUUGCCCCUCCCUCCCCCCAAUCAGCUCCUUCCCUUUUCACGCCUUGUCGUUUAGCAGUCCAGUCCAACGAGAAGAGAAGAAAGCACGAACUUAGGUUCUCUGAAAAUGACCCAAAUUGGCGGGUCUUCUCUCUCCCCUCAUCAUCAUGAAGGCUCUCUUCACAUUUCGACAAGCAUUUGGUCUUCUUCUUCUUCUUUUUCUUCUUCACAGCGAUGAAUCUGAAGGGCCCAUUUUUUUUCUCCCUCUCUCUUCUUCAAGAUCGAUCCAUACUGAUUCAACUAUAGCUGAUUGAAAAAAACUCGAAAAAAUGGGGUCUUUCUUUUCGGGGUACUCCUCUCUCCUCUUGCUCUUGCUCUUGUUCCUCGCUGUACUAGUUCCCACUGCCAGAUCAGGCGACGCCGAGGCUCUGCUUGCUCUCAAGUCCGCCGUCGACCCCCUCAACUCGCUGCCCUGGCGAGAGGGGAACGCGAACGCCGUCUGCUCUUGGCCGGGGGUUAGAGACUGCAUGAACGGCCGUGUCACCAAGCUCGUCCUAGAGUCCUUGAACUUGACCGGCACGUUGGACGGGAAGGCCCUGAACCGGCUCGACCAGCUUCGCGUCCUCAGCCUUAAGGACAACUCCAUCUCCGGCGAUAUCCCCGACCUCUCUGGCCUCGUCAACCUCAAGUCCCUCUACCUGAACGGCAACGCCCUCUCUGGAGGCUUCCCCCCCUCUCUCACCGGCCUCCACCGCCUCAAGAUCCUCGUCCUCGCCGGGAACCGCAUCUCCGGGGAGAUACCCGAGUCCGUCCUCAGCCUGAGGAGGUUAUACGUUUUCUACUUGCAGGACAAUGGGUUCACCGGCGGGAUCCCCCCGCUGAACCAGACCAGCCUCCGGUUUUUCAACGUCUCGAACAAUCGGCUAUCCGGCGAGAUCCCGGCGACUACCGCACUGUCGAGGUUCAACGCCUCGUGCUUUUCUGGCAAUGUGGAUCUCUGCGGGUCGACGCUCGGCAAUCCAUGCAACAGCACUGGGUCAGGAGGCCCGUCUAUGAGCCCUGCUUAUCCCAAGAACCCGACGGCGAAGAAAUCGCAUUCUAAUCGCUCAAGGCUCAUCAAGAUCGUCGCAGGAACAGCCGGUGGAUUAGCGUUGCUGUUGAUCUGCCUGCUCCUGCUGUGCUUGAUCUGCCGGAGUCGCGGACAGAGGAAGACUUCAGGCGAGGUGAGAUCCAAGGGCGGGGUCGAGAUAGGGGAGGAGGCAGGGGAAGCAUCCGCCACAGGCGGGGGCGGCGGGGGCGGCGCGGGCAGCAACAACAACGGGGCGGGGAAGGCGGCGGCGGCGGCGGGGUUCUCGUGGGAGGGGGAGGGGCUGGGGAGCCUGGUGUUCCUCGGGGCCGGGGACCAGCAGAUGGGGUACAGCCUGGAGGACCUGCUGAAGGCGUCGGCGGAGACGCUGGGGCGGGGGACGCUGGGGAGCACGUACAAGGCGGUGAUGGAGUCGGGGUACAUCGUGACGGUGAAGCGGCUCAAGGACGCCCGGUACCCGAGGAUGGAGGAGUUCCGGGGGCAGAUGGACGGCCUCGGGAGGCUGCGCCACCCGAACAUCGUCCCGCUCCGGGCCUACUUCCAGGCGAGGGAGGAGCGGCUGCUGGUCUACGAUUACUUCCCCAACGGCAGCCUCUUCACUCUCAUCCACGGAUCAAGGACUUCAGGUGGCGGCAAGCCUCUUCACUGGACCUCGUGCCUCAAAAUAGCCGAGGACUUGGCGACUGGACUGCUCUACAUCCACCAAAACCACGGCCUGACACACGGGAACUUGAAAUCCUCCAACGUGCUGCUCGGCCCCGACUUCGAGUCCUGCCUCACAGAUUACGGCCUCAUGUCGUUCCGGGACCCCGACUCGCUUGAAGAACCGAGCGCCACUUCCCUCUUCUACAGGGCCCCCGAGUGCCGGGACCCUCGCAGGCCCAUCACCCAGCAGACGGAUGUAUACAGCUUCGGCGUCCUCCUCCUGGAGCUCCUCACGGGGAAAACCCCGUUUCAGGACCUCGUGCAGGCGCACGGAUCGGAUAUCCCGAGGUGGGUCCGGUCGGUCCGUGAGGAGGAAACGGAAUCUGGGGACGAACCUGCCUCUAGUAAUGAGGCCUCUGAAGAAAAACUUCAGGCUCUCUUGAACAUAGCGAUGGCCUGCGUGUCCAUUGUCCCUGAGAACCGGCCUGCCAUGAGAGAGGUUCUGAAGAUGAUUAGAGAUGCGAGAUCUGAGGCUCAAGUUUCGUCCAACAGUAGCGAUCACUCACCGGGGCGAUGGUCAGACACGGUGCAGAGCUUGCCCAGGGAAGAACACUUGAGCAUAUGAGGGCUUAGGCUCCAAUGUUCUCUUUUCCACCCAUUAAUUUGAUUUUUUUUUUUGCAGUACCAGGCGGUAUAAGUCUGUUGAUGUAAAGAUACUAAAUCCUCACCAUUGUUUCCGGUGCUCUUUUUCCUUCCUAUCGAUUCACGAUGACUGCAUUUAGGUCCGGGGAACUUGAUUGCAUCGGACAAUUUGGAAUGAAACUUUUGAGUAAAUGGCUCUAAUGAAAUUUAGAAUGUUCAAAA